GAUGUCGUUUUCCACAUCCGGGUCACGUUCUCCUCAUGCUGUGGCAAGCAUGGCGUCGAAAAACAAGAACCGAAAGAAAUCCCGAGCGGGCAGUAAAGUGACAUUUCAGCCUGAAGAAGACAACAUGGAGGCUGAAAACAGCGGCGGAGAGGAAGAAGAAGAUCCUGCAAAUAAUGGAGGUGAAAACAGGGGGAAGAAAGAAGAGGAAGAGUUCAGUCUGGACGAAGUUUUACGGCUGGGGGGAACACAGGCCGACUACAUCCUGCUCGCCGGCCUGAACGACACCAACGAGCUCAUCGACGGAGGAAAGAAAGGAGCGAUAGACGACCUGGAAGAGGGCGAGCUCGAGAAGUUCAUCGCCAAACUGGGCGUCCGGGCGUACUCCGGACUGCAGGUCAUCCCGGACGAGCCCGACGGCGACGCGGCAGGCGCCGGCGACGCGGAGGGCAAAAAGGCCAAAACAAAGAAAGCGACGUCGUCCGAGGAACACGGAUCCAACGCGGAACCGCAGAGCGUCUCCGGCAAGCAGCAGGAGGAGAAACGGAAGGCCAAGAAGAGCAAAGAUGCCGCCAAAAAGAAGCAGAACGUGUUUGAGUUCCAGCAGCGACAGAUCCUGCUGAUCAAACCCGGAGGGAAGUGGUUCGACCUGGAGUACGCGGCGGAGGGCUCGGCGGCGCCGCAGGACCCCGCCCUGGUCUCCCAGUACAAGGCGCUCGCCCAGCAGCUGUUCGAGGCCGACGUGGCGCUCUACAAGAGCAAGAAGAACCUGCAGAAAGGUGCCAACUCCAACUGGAUGAAGACGGUCGUCUCCUCCGGCGUCCUGGCCGACAGGAUGGCCGCCAUGACGGUGCUGAUCCAGGACGCGCCGGUGCACACGCUGGAGCACGUGGAGAGCCUGGUGUCCAUGGUGAAGAAAAAGGGCAGCCGGCGGAUGGGUCUGAUGGCGCUGGAUACGCUGCGCGAGCUGCUUCUGUCCGACCUGCUGCCGGAGCACCGGAAGCUCCGCACCUUCGCCGAGCACCCGUUCGACCAGCUGGAGGAGAAGGCCAGCGGCAACCGCGACGCCCGGGACCGCCGCCUCAUCCUCUGGUACUUUGAGCACCACCUGAAGCACCACGUGGCCGAGUUCGCGGCGGCCCUGGACACGGUGGCCCACGACACGGUGGCGGCCACCAAGGCGAAGGCCCUGGCCACCGCGUUUGAGUUGCUAUGCAACCGGCCGGAGCAGGAGCGCGCGCUGCUCAUCCAGGUGGUCAACAAGCUGGGCGACCCCGAGUACAAGACCGCCGCCAAGGCGUCGUACCUGCUGGAGUCGCUGCUGCACAAGCACCCCAACAUGAAGGCGGUGGUGUGCUGCGAGGUGGAGCGCAUCAUGUUCCGGCCCAACAUCAGCGCCAAGGCGCAGUACUACGCCGUCUGCUUCCUCAGCCAGGUGAUGCUGAGCCACGACGAGGCCGAGCUCGCCGCCAAGCUCAUCACCAUCUACUUCUCGUUUUUCCGCGCCUGCGUCAAGAAGAAGGACAUCGAGUCAAAGAUGCUGAGCGCGCUGCUGUCGGGCGUGAACCGGGCGUAUCCCUACGCCACCGCCGGCGACGACAAGGUGAAGGAGCAGCUGGACACGCUGUUCAGAGUGGUUCACCUGGUGAAGUUCAACACGGCGGUGCAGGCGCUCAUGCUGCUCUUCCAGGUGAUGGACUCGCAGCAGAGCAUCUCCGACCGCUACUACGUCGCUCUGUACAGGAAGCUGCUGGACACCGGGCUGUCCUCGUCCUCCAGACAGAGCAUGUUCCUCAACCUGCUGUACAAGUCUCUGAAGGCGGACAUCGUGCUGCGGCGGGUCAAAGCCUUUGUCAAGCGGCUGCUGCAGGUCAGCUCCGAGCAGAACGCCAGCUUCGCCUGCGGAGCGCUCUUCCUGGUGUCGGAGGUCAUGAAGGCCAAGCCGAGCCUCAAGGUCCUGCUGCAGGAGGACGGGGAGGGGGAGGAGGAGGAGUUCAAGGACCUCGCCGAAGAGAAAGAUGAUGAUGAGGAUGAUGAAGAGGAGCGUUUUGUGGACGCUGACAAACUGGAGGAAGGAGCGAGUUUAGAGACAGAGAAGGCAAAGCCCACUGCAUCAUGGGUACAUCACCAGAACCUGGAAGGAGGGAAGAGCGUGCACAGCUACGACCCGCUGCACAGAAACCCGUUAUUCUGCGGCGCCGACCACUCGACGUUAUGGGAGCUGCAGAGGCUCGCCGUGCACUACCACCCCUCCGUGUCGCUGUUCGCUACAACCAUCCUGCAGGGCGGGUCCAUCCAGUACUCGGGCGACCCGCUGCAGGACUUCACCCUCAUCAGAUUCUUGGAUCGAUUCGUCUUCAGGAACCCCAAACAGCUGAAGGGAAAACAAAACACCGACUCAGCAGCGCUGAAGCCCAAACACAGUUCUCUCGUCUCUAUACCAGUGAACUGUGAGGAGUUUCUGUCUAAAGAGGAGAGUCAGGUCGCUGUGGAUGAAAUCUUCUUCCAUCGCUUCUUUAGGAAACGUCAGCAGGAGAAGCAGCUGAAGGCUCGCCGGCCGCGAGGAGACGGCGAUAACGACAGCGUGGAGGACGUGGACGACGAAGAGUUUGAGAAAUUACUCGAUUCCUGCGAGGGAGACUCGUACUUCACGGACAUGGACAUCAAGGAUCUGGACUUUGCGGGUAAUGUGAAGAGUAAAAAGGGGAAGAAAGACACGGAGGACUCUGACUCGGACGACUCGGACCCGGACGACCUGGACGACGAGGAGGUGUCCCUGGGCAGCAUGGACGAGGAAGACUUCGGGGACGAGCUGGACGAGGACGGAGGGACGUUCGUGGAUCCUGAUGGAGGCGGAGAUGAUGACGAAGGUAGGGAACAAGUUCCAGAGCUGGAGGAUGCUGCAUUCGGUGAUUCAGACGAUGAGAUGGAAGUUCCAGACAUCACUCCUCGUACCAAGAAGGGGAAAAGGAAAUCCUCAGAGGAGGCCAUCUUCUCUGGAUCUUUAGGUCCAAAACAGGGAAAGAAGAAGAAAGCAGCGGCCAUGUUUGUUUCUGCUGACGAGUUUGGCUCCCUGUUGGAUGAGAAUGCCGGCUCUAAGUUUGACAACAUCGGACUGAACGCGAUGGCCAACACUGACAAAGCAGGCCUGAAGCAGUUGAAGUGGGAGUCUCAGCGCAACGAUUGGAUCCAAGGCCGCGACGUCAAGACGCUGCGCAGGAAGAAGACCAUGUUCAACAAAAAGAAGACGUUUGGUCGAGCCAGGACGGGAGGCAAGACGGUCGGGCAGAAGAAGAGGAAAAAGUAGCAGCCGCCAUGUGUUUGUGGACUUUCAAGCUGACAGCCACUUUCAGUCCUGCUUGGCUGACCAGGCCUCGUGGUCCCUCUCUCGGAUGCCGUAGACCCCCGCCCACUCGUUGGACUGGUAGUAAACUGGGAGGAGACAGGAGCAGAAACCGGUUUUUGGAUCUGGUCAUUUGAUGAACGUUACACACUGCUGUUAGAGAAGAGCAGUGUUUAGUCGGUUAUUUUUUAUAAAAAGACUAAUAUACAGGAUAUUAUGUCAUGGUUAUGUGUUUCCGUCUGCAAAUGAUAAUAUUCCAGUUUAAAACGAAUCUACAGCGUUAAUGUGCAUCACUGAAAAUAAAGCUGUUUAACAUUU